UUAAUUUAUAAAUGAGUUCAAAAACGAAAAGAAAAAAAAGAUGAGCGUGAUGCCUUCCCGUGCCCGACGAGGAUCCGAUCAGGUGCCCCAACAAGCAAAGCCGCUUAGGAAGGGAGAUGAGAACCCUAGAGAGCAAGCUGCUUGAUCCUGCAGGUAGCAGCAAAGAAAAACCAAAGACUGCUGGAGACAAUUUCACUCAAGUCCUCCAGUGUGUUGAAAACUCUUUGAUUCAUGACACCGACGAAAAAUCACUGGUUGCAGGAGAUUCUUCCACUGGAACCGUCAACCGAGUAGCUUCAUAUUGUAAGCUGUGUCGUAAGUAUACUGAUCACAGAACUAGACAGUGCCCCGACAAAUCAUAUGUAUGGUAUAACGGACAUUAUAAACUCAAUUAUUGUGAUCUUUGUAGUGACUUUGGUCACGUAGGUCAGUUGUGCCCUCUCAACGAGUUUGAUAUGGACUAUGAUGCUCCAGGAAGCGACUGGCAUGAUUAAUCAUGAUUCACAGAGCCGUUUUGUGGUUACUACCAAUCUACUGUUUUCAACUUUUCAUGUAUUGUAUAAAAUUUUACCCAGUAUUAUUCCAUAUUAUGGUUUCCAUGUUUAGAUUUGCAAUUCCUGCUUUAAAUUUCAAAAUGUUGUGUUUUGUGUAAGCUCUGUAUUGUACUCUCUUUGUUUUAGUUAUCCUUAAUCCUCCCAACUCCUCUA